GUGCAGGCGGCGGGGCUGGGCCGGGCCGGGCGGCGGAGCGCGGAGUGGAGAGAACAUGUCUGGGAUGAAGAGAGUGAUCGCAGAGAAGGACCCUGACUAUGAGGAGAUCACCGUCACGCAUCCCAGCAAGCGCCACAAAGCAGCCGAGCAGUCAGCUCGAGAUGUCGCUGUGCAGAAGAUCGAGACGAUUAUAAAAGAACAGUUUGCUGUUGAAAUGAAGAGUAAAGAGCAUGAAAUCGAAGUCAUAGAUCAGCGCCUGAUCGAAGCGAGGAGGAUGAUGGAUAAGCUGCGUGCCUGCAUCGUGGCCAACUAUUAUGCAUCUGCUGGUCUCCUGAAAGCUGGAGAGGGUGCCAGGUCGUGCGAUGCGACAAUUCUUAAUCACCCUUCAAUCAAGAAGUUCCUGGAGUCACCCUCUCGCUCCUCAUCUCCAGCAAACCAGGGCUCAGACACUCCCUCUGCCAACCACUCCGAGAGCGACUCGCUCUCUCAGCACAAUGACUUUCUCCCGGACAAAGACAAUGGCAACUUGGAGGCAGAUGAGCGGCUGCCAAACAGCCUGGACCAGAGACAGAGCAGAAACACUGGCCGGGACAGUUCGAGUGUUUCAAGCUCUCAGAAGCCAGGACAGCGAAACACCGGCCUGUCCAGCGAGGAGACCUCACGCCUUUAUGUGAAGAAAACAAUCGUGGUUGGCAACGUCUCCAAGUACAUUCCCCCUGACAAGAGAGAAGAAAACGAUCAGUCGACCCAUAAGUGGAUGGUGUACGUCCGAGGCUCUCGCAGAGAGCCCAGCAUCAAUCAUUUUGUUAAGAAAGUUUGGUUCUUCCUCCAUCCCAGCUACAAACCUAAUGACCUGGUAGAAGUGAGAGAACCUCCCUUCCACCUGACCAGGAGAGGCUGGGGAGAGUUUCCUGUGAGAGUCCAGAUACAUUUCAAGGACAGCCAGAACAAGAGGAUCGAUAUCAUACACAACUUGAAGUUGGACAGGACCUACACAGGCCUGCAGACACUUGGCGCAGAAACGGUAGUGGAUGUGGAGCUGCAUAGACAUUCCCUUGGUGAGGAGUACCUCUUCUCCCAGUCUUCAGAGUCUGACCUUUCUGAUGUUCCUACAACUUUACCACUGCCACUGAGUAUCCCAGCACCAGUCAAAGCUUCUUCCCCAAUCAAACACUUGCGAGACUCCAGCCCAGAUGCUUCCACGGACAAAGGAUUCUCUGGGAAUGCUGAAAGCGAAAGACAUGCCACGUUUUAUUCCCUGCCAUCUUCGAUAGAACGGACUCCCACCAAGUUAGCCACACAGAAAGUUGCCUUUGGCUCUCAUGGAAAUUCAGCCUUUCAACCCAUUGCAGCUAGCUGUAAAAUAGUGCCUCAAGGUCAGAGUCCAAGCCCUGCAGAGUCACCAGGAAAAUCCUUCCAGCCUAUCACCAUGAGUUGCAAGAUUGUAUCAGGUUCUCCAAUAUCGACCCCUAGUCCAUCUCCGCUACCUCGUACCCCAACCUCCACUCCGGUGCACAUGAAGCAAGGCUCUGCUAGUUCAGUCAUUAAUAACCCGUAUGUUGUUGUGGACAAGCCUGGACAGAUGGUUGGAGCAGCAGCCACAAGCACAGGGAGCCCGACCAGCAAAGUGCCGGGUGUUUGUCAGGCCUCUCACGGGACUGGAUCUCCUGUCUCAAAGACCCACGGGAGCAGUUUUGUCACCUCAGCUGUCAAGCAGGAGGAUUCUCUGUUUGCCACCAUGCCACCUCUUUGUCCCAUUGGGAGUCAUUCCAAGGUGCAAAGCCCCAAAUCAGUCACUGGAGGACUUGGAGCUUUUACAAAGGUGAUAAUAAAGCAGGAGCCAGGAGAGCUGCCCCAGCAAGCCCAGGUGCCAGCAGCAGGCACGGGCACGCAGAGCUCGGUGCAGCAGUACGUCACCGUCAAAGGCAGCCACAUGUUGGCCUUGUCACCGCAGAAGCCGGUGGUGAGCGAGGGCACGGUGCAGUCCAAGGUUGUUGGUGUUCCAGUUGGUUCUGCUUUACAGUCCACAGUGAAACAAGCAGUGGCUAUAAGUGGGGGCCAGAUACUUGUGGCAAAAUCCAGCUCUUCAGUGGCAAAGGCUGUUGGCCCAAAGCAGGUCGUGACUCAAGGUGUAGCCAAAGCCAUCGUGAGCGGAGGAGGAGGGACAAUUGUUGCUCAGCCUGUGCAGACUAUAACGAAGGCACAAGUUUCUUCCACAGGUGCUCAGAAAAGUACAUCUCAAGGCUCAGUGAUGGCUACACUGCAGUUACCAGCCACCAACCUGGCCAACUUGGCAAACCUACCACCAGGCACCAAACUGUACCUCACCACCAACAGCAAGAAUCCUUCUGGGAAAGGAAAACUGCUUCUGAUCCCCCAAGGAGCCAUCCUGCGAGCCACAAAUAAUGCCAGUCUCCAAUCUGCUGCUUCUACAAACAGUGGAGGAGGAGGAGGAGGAACCCAAAGCACAAGCAGUAACUUGUCACAGCACCUCACCUAUACAUCCUACAUUCUGAAGCAGACACCCCAGGGCACCUUUCUGGUUGGCCAGCCUUCUCCUCAGAGUUCUGGGAAGCAGUUGACUCCAGCUUCAGUUGUUCAGGGCAAUGUCGGAGUUGGAGCAUCUUCCACACCAGGACAAGCACUAAAAGUGAUAACUGGACAGAAAACAGCCCUGUUUACACAGGCUGCACCCAGUGGACAAACAUCACUGGUGAAAAUAUCAGAUGGGUCUAUAAAAUCAGUGCCUGCCUCAUCCCAGCUCUCUAAACCUGGCACCACUGUGCUGAGAGUAUCAGGAGGUGUUAUCACCACAGCUGCUGCUCCUGCCGUGGCCCUGCCCACAAAUGGGGUGGCUCAGCAAAUAGAUAAUGCAGGUUCCAGUUCUUCAUCUUCUGGAGCUCCUGCAGCAAAGACACCUGGACAGCAACAGCAAAUCUGCAUAAGCCAGAGCCAGUCUACUUCAUCAGUAGUGAAUAAGACUGCUACUUCCACUGUUGUAAGUGUUACUUCUCUGAUGACUACACCAACACCUGUGACUGGAAAAGCUGCAGUAUCAGGGUUGCUAAAAAUCCACUCAAAUCAGUCUAGUCCACAGCAGGCUGUUCUGACAGUUCCCAGCCAGCUUAAACAGCUCGGUGUAAACACAGCUUCUGGAGGUGUUCAGACAAUACUCAUGCCUAUGAACAAAGUGAUACAGUCACUUACUACCAGCAAAGUUUCAGCUGUUUCAGCUGUCACAGCAGCAAGCACAGUUGUGUCCAGUCCUUCUACAGCACCCAUCACUAAAGUUAAGAUGGAGCCCGAUUCAACAGCACCAAACUGCAGUUCUGUGGCUACCCAGGAAGGCCAAGCAGCAGUCAAAACAGAGGAGAGCUCCGAGCUUGGGAAUUAUGUUAUCAACAUAGAAUAUUUGGAGAACAUCAAGUGUCCUUCAUCUUACAGCAGUGGUGAGGAGCUGUGCCGAAAGCUGGAGGAGCUACAGCAGUUUCUGAAACGAGAGCCAGAACAUGAAGAGGAAGUAGAUAUUCUCAAUUUUAGUGAGCCAUUAAAAAUAAACAUCAAGAAAGAGGGAGAGAAACAAGAGGAGGUGAAAUUCUACUUGGCUUCCUUGCCUGCAUCAGAGUUUGUGAGGGACACUGCAGAGAAGAUAGGCAUUUCUUUUCAGCCUGCUGAGGUACAGAAAAAUGUUUAUGCAUCAGUAAUAGAAGAUAUGAUUUUAAAGGCCACUGAGCAGCUGAUGAGCGAUAUCCUGCGGCAGGCGCUGGCCGUGGCCUACCAGACAGCUCCUCACAACAGGACUCCAAGAGAGAUCACAGUGAUGAACAUUCACAAAGCCAUCUGUAAUAUUCCCUUUCUUGACUUCCUCACAAACAAACAUAUGAAGAUACUAAAUGAGGAGCAAUGAAAUAGAGCAGAGAAGAUGCUACAGGAAAGGUGGAUUUAUGACUGCAGUUGAGUUGACAAAUCCAGUAUUUCUGUAGGACACUAUUACAUACAUUUAGAACAUUGGGCUACUAGAUUGUUACCUCCAAUUAAAGAUGCACCUUAAUGCAACAACAUGAUGCUCUGUUCCAAAUCAAGCUGUUAAAUGUCAGUGUUUACUUGGUAAGUGUAUGUUCAGUGGCUGAACAAACAUUGUCAGUUUGCAUCGAGUUGCUAGCUGUGAGAGUCUCCACAGGCCUGGUCUCUCUGAGACAGCUGCAUUGAAGAGAUUGAACUGGAGUAUUUCUAAGAGAAUGCUUUUUGAUGCAGUCUGCAUACGAGCUGGUUUCCCCAUGCAGCAACACAGCAGCUGCUUUGGCACUCUGAGGAGUCAAAGACAGCUUUCAAAGGUGGAUUGUUCAAGUAGAUGGAUGGGUUAGUUGGUUAGGUUUGGUGUGGGGGAGCAGAAGGCUGCUGGCUGCAACAAAUUCUGCCAGUCCUGCUGGAGCAUGGUGUGUGUGACUGAGAACACAGCUGGGGUGGGCUUAUCAUUAGCUUGUUCAGCUAAGUGUCACCUAAGCAAAUUCCUUGCCUCUCUAGAUGAGAUGCCACCCUUCUUAGUCAUCUCAGGAAGGGUAGACUGGCACAUGCUCAAUCAAGAUCAACAAGCCACAGUCAGGCUUGGCAAGACUUGUCUGACUGCUUGUCCUUCGAGGGAAAGGAGAGGAGCAAGGCCAGCAUUCAGUGUUGGUGGCCUUGGUCUGGCUGAAACACUUUGCAUGCCCAGCAAGUGCCUCCCCAGGCUGCCAGAAGGUUUGGAGUGUGCUGGAAGGCAGGUCACCAGCUGUGUUGUGCAAGUCUGAAGUCUUUGACAACGUUCAGUAGCCAUCAGCUUGGAUUGUGAAGUGCUAUAGGAGAGCACCACUUCUGUGGACUUAACUUCUGCUCAACUCAGAAAAAAUGUCAGAGAUUUGCUGCUUGUGAGGAGCUCCUCUGAUGUCUUGACUGCAGGAGGAAGCUCUGCACCUACCCAUCUGGGGAGAUGUGUUUGCAGCCUGGCUAUCAACACCUGGCUGAGGAAGGCUUUGCUGACAACAUCUUGACCACCCCACAUCCACCACCCCCUUUGUCCUGCCUCCUGGGUGCUUGCUAGUAGUGUGAAUAAGCCAUUGUUGAGCUGGUGGGACUCCUGGGGACUGUCAUGCUUUCAGGGUGCUUGUUUUGUGAAGCAGUGCUGUCGUAUGGGUGGACCAUGAGUCACACAGCCAGAACCUCCAAUGCGCUGAUCUCAGCUGGGUCUCUGAUCUGCUGCAUGGCCUUUUGAUUUAAUCACUCUGUGCCUCAGUUUCCCCAUCUCUGAGCAUGGGGAGCAGGAUACCUACCUCACAGGGGUGUACUGAGGCCUCGCUCUUGUUGGUGCCGUGCUUUGACAACACAAAGCCUUUUAUAAUCAUUAAACUACCGUUAUCUUUCCUGGCCUGGGGUAGGAACAGAAAUCUUCAAAAUGUUAUCUUUUGGUGCUUUUUUUGGGGGGACUAGGAGACAGGUGAUGGUAACUCCAGUAGUGUGCAGGAACUGUGGAAGACAGUCCAGUUAGAGGGUGGUUUCAGGGUUGCAAGGAGAGUAGCGUGGUUUUGAUGCAGUUCUUAAACUGAAGAGGGUACUGUGUAUCUCAGAUGAGAUGCUGCCUGUCUUCUCCACCUCUAAAAUAAACCCUGGGGUCUUUCAGAAGCCCCUCUCAGUCCAUCAGAGCUAACAGGGAGUUACAGUUCUCUUGAAUAUGAGAGUGGCAGAACCUGACCCUUGAAUCUAGGAAAUGGGACCAAUGGAUGAAAUCCAAACAGCGUUCAGAGAAGGACUUAAAUGCCCCUUUGCAAAGGGCAUUACAGAUGCUCUGGAUUCAAAAGAUAAUCCUGGCUUGUCUGGGUGAGCUGAGUGCAGGAUUGCCUGCACAGUGAAAUGCACAGCUUAGCCCUGACAUGAGGUUUUCAGCUGAGGUCAGUGAAGGGGUGAAGCAGCAAUGAUUCUGUUUGAGCUCAGUGUUUUGAGAGUCAGGAGGAAUCCCCCAGGCAGCUGGGGAACUCGCAGGCCCCACACUUUGUAGGCUGUAGUGAACUCCAAGUGCAUGCUGCUGCUUUCAGGCACUCCUGAACGUGGCUUUUACAAGAGAGAAGGGCACUUUCAAGAUAUUUGUCACUAAUUGCUAUGGCAGCCUGCAGGUUGUGUGGGAACAGCCUUUUGGGCGAGCUCAGCCGUGCUGUGAUCUGCGAUGACACACGCGGCUGCAGCCCCCGUCUCUUGUGGGAUUUGGUUUCUGGGAUAACGCCCAGGAGCAGCUCUGGAGGAUGCAGGAGCUCAUCUUUGGGCAUCUGUUUGCAAACUGUGGCUUCUCUGCCCGUGUCCUGCUUUCCUGUGAGGAAUGGAGUUUCAGAAUGAGUCCUGAAGCAGGCAGGUAAAUGCCCCUUGCUCUUAAUGGGGUUCUUGCAGUGGAGAUCUGUUGCUACAUGUGUGAGCAACCACAGGUUACUCUCCUAGGAGAUGUUCUAUUAAUAACCUAUAAAGUUUGCUGAAGAGAAAUAAAAGCAGGUAGAAAAUAACACACUUGUGUAGUCCUUUGUGUAGUAGGAAACAUUUACAACAAGCUCUUUGAAGCUUGAAAAGAGGGAGGAAGAUUUGUCAGCGAGAAGUUCCUGCAGGGGUUGCUUGGACAUGAGCUAGAGGUGGUGGAAUUUCAUGCACCCCUUCAGGUGUGUGUGGACUGCUAGAGAUGUGUUGGAACAUUACAGUGUCUUUCUCUGGCUUUCUAAAGAGUCUUGAUACAAGUUAAAUAUCUCUUUACAAAUAUUGCCCCUAUUUGUAAUGCUGAGUGUUUAAAUCCUUCAUGUUAUCUGUAUUAUACUGUAUCAUUGUGUAAGAUAUGUAUGUUUACAAUAAAUUCUUUUAU